AAAUAUUAAUAAUAAGAAUUUCUUAUUAUAUAGAGAGGUUCAAAGAUUCUAACUUUCUAUGUAAAAGCCCCAUUCCGAUAUCAAUAAUCAUAUCAUCCUUAUUGUUGCUGCUACUGCUACGAUGCACAGGAUCAAGAGAGCAAGCUCCAUUCUUUGUUCUUCAGUGUUCACAAGUUUGAAAACAACACAUUCUCACCGUGCUGCUGCUUUCUCCACUUCCUUGCUCUUCGAUGAUACUCAGAUUCAGUUCAAAGAAAGUGUUUCUCAAUUUGCAACAGAACACAUUGCACCUCAUGCUUCAAAAAUAGACCACACAAAUUAUUUCCCAAAGGAGGUUAACUUAUGGAAAAGCAUGGGAGAAUUUAACCUUCAUGGGAUUACUGCACCAGAGGAAUAUGGAGGGCUUGGUCUCGGUUACUUGUAUCACUGUAUAGCAAUGGAAGAGAUAAGCCGUGCUUCAGGAUCUGUUGGCCUUUCUUAUGGUGCUCAUUCAAACCUGUGUAUCAAUCAACUGGUGAGGAAUGGAAACCUGGAUCAGAAGCAGAAAUAUUUGCCAAAGCUUAUCUCUGGAGAUCAUGUGGGAGCUUUGGCAAUGAGCGAGCCCAAUUCUGGUUCUGAUGUUGUCAGCAUGAAAUGCAAGGCUGAUCGUGUUGAUGGUGGCUACGUACUUAAUGGAAACAAGAUGUGGUGUACUAAUGGUCCAGUCGCUCAAACAUUGGUUGUCUAUGCAAAGACAGACACAAAAGCUGGGUCAAAAGGAAUCACUGCAUUCAUCAUUGAGAAGGGAAUGCCGGGAUUCAGCACGGCCCAGAAAUUGGAUAAACUUGGGAUGCGAGGAAGUGAUACAUGUGAACUUGUGUUUGAGAAUUGCUUCGUUCCUGAAGAAAAUGUUCUUGGGGAAGUAGGAAAAGGAGUCUAUGUCAUGAUGUCUGGGUUGGAUCUGGAGAGACUUGUUUUGGCAGCUGGUCCCCUGGGUAUCAUGCAGGCAUGUCUUGAUGUGGUCCUUCCUUAUGUUCGACAAAGAGAGCAGUUCGGUCGUCCUAUCGGGGAAUUUCAGUUUAUACAGGGGAAAGUUGCGGACAUGUAUACUUCUUUACAGUCCUCAAGGGCUUAUGUGUAUUCGGUGGCUCGGGACUGCGACAAUGGAAAAGUAGACCCAAAGGAUUGUGCUGGAGUUAUACUUACUGCAGCUGAGAGAGCAACCCAAGUUGCUUUGCAGGCAAUACAAUGUUUGGGAGGAAAUGGAUAUGUGAAUGAGUAUCCAACUGGUCGUCUUCUGAGAGAUGCCAAACUAUAUGAGAUUGGUGCAGGAACUAGUGAGAUCAGAAGAAUGAUUAUUGGACGUGAACUCUUCAAGGAGCAGUAAUGAAAUGUUCAUUAUGUAAAAGUAGAUGUUCAUUCAUCAAAGGGGAAUAAAAUUAGAGUCAUGAGAAUCCAUUUAUUAAUAAAGGAAAGCUAUUUUUACCAAAAA